CAUCGCCAGUCGAAAGCGAAACUGCAACGCGUUCGUGUCGUUCGGUGCGCGUUCCUGCUACACAGCCAAAGCGGUCCGAUCAGCUCGCAGGAAAAAGUUCGUGUUCCGGUGCACUUUUCAGUGCGAGAUUGAUCAUCGAAAUCGUUUCGUCAAUUUCGGUCCGGCUCGAAGUGGUUUUCGUUGUUUUGGUCGCGGUCCCACUGGAACGGGUUCCCGAUUUGAAAAAUUCGAAAAAUUCCCUUAGAAAAUUAAAUGUUGAAACAGGAAACUGACUUACACAAUAGCAAUCCAACAAAUAUUUACUUAUCGCAUACUAUGCGCUCUAUCUCGUCAAGAGAUCAGAAAAAAUACACAAUUAAUAAGUAACUCAAGUAAUUAAAAAGCGAAUGAUGAGGUGGGAUUUGGCCCUGACCGUCACCGCAAUCCUCUCCGCCGCCAAAGCCAGCCCCGUCCCCGAGGAAUGGUCCGCCACGUCCCCGUUCUCGCAAUUCGCCCCCGACGAUGAGGGCCGUUUCAACGACGUCUACACGUCGGCCUUCCUGAACGUAUCAUACCACGACAACCGCGGCUUCCACACCGACAAGACGGAGGUGGGACGGUACGGCGGCGGCCCCAUCGGCCCCAUGUUCGGACGCAUAGUGCACGUGGGCUCGCAAAGGGACAGAGACGAUCACACCGGAUGCGUCCUGCCGCUAAGGGACUCGAACAGGGAUGCGUUGCCGCUGAGCGGCGAGCCGUGGAUCGCCCUGGUGAAACGGGGCAAGUGCAGCUUCGAGACGAAGGUGGAGAACGCGUUUCACAGCGAAGCCGCCGGCAUUCUGAUCUACAACGACAGGGACAGUUCGCAGCUGGACAAGUUGUCGCUGUCGACGGAGUCUUUCAGAAAUAUAAGUGCAGUUUUCAUCUUUAAAUGGAAAGGCGAUGAGCUGGCCAGACUCGUGAGGCUCCACGACGAGGUAAUGGUUUACAUUACGGUGGCAGGACAGACCGUGUCCAGAUCGGCGAGCAUAAACAGGACUUCGGUGCUUUUUGUAUCAAUCACGUUUAUCAUCCUCAUAAUUAUUUCCCUUGCGUGGUUGAUCUUCUACUACGUCCAGAGGUUUAGAUAUUCCCACGCCAGGGAACGUUUCACAAAAAGACUGAACAGUGCAGCUAAAAAAGCCAUCUGCAAGAUCCCAACAAGGAUGAUUAAACCAGGCGACAAGGAACUACAGGGAGACCUGGAAUGUUGUCCGAUUUGUAUCGAGGCGUACAAACAGGGUGAGGUGCUCAGGUUGUUGCCUUGUAGCCAUGAGUACCACAAAGUGUGCAUUGAUCCAUGGUUACUGGAACACCGUACGUGUCCGAUGUGCAAGAUGGACAUCCUGAAGCAUUACGGAUUCGUGUGUUCAGAUAGUCAAGAAAGUAUCAUUCAAGUAGUGGAAUCUCAAACGUUCAACUUCAGCCAGAACAAUCCCAUAGGAGAGAUCAACACCAUAGCAGACAUUCAAGAGGCAAAUCACUCAAGUUCGGACGAGGACAGCCGUGCGCCGUCACCAAACGAGAUGACACCCAGCAUUUCCAGAGAUAACCAGUCUCCGAAGCCGAGCAACGAGAUCUUCGCUAUCAAUCCGUCAGCCGAUGAACAGUCGUCUUCUCAGGCGUACUACUGACUUCCUUUGGAGACUGAACUUUGAUCCGUGGGCAUCCGUUUGUUCACUGCGUCAUUGUUUUUUUCAUUUUUUCUAUUAACAUAUAUGGGGGAUGUUGUGGUGCAUGAAACUUUCGAUGUUGUAAACUAUGUAUUCAUGAAACUCCUCUAUGUGCAUGCUUGACAAAUCAGUGUUUAGUACAAAUGUAUUUAUUACAAAUCGAAGUUAAUUAUAGAAAAACCGUGUUAAUCUCAUGCUUCCAAUAUGUUUACGCUUGUUCACAUCACCAAUUAGUUACAUUACAAUUACUUUAUUCACAAUUUUUGCAAACGAUCAAUUUGACGGUAAUAAAUUGAACAAAUUCGAGUCAUUUUUAAGUGGAUGCCCAUGAUUGUGAUACUGUACUGUAUUGAAUACUUGAUUGUGUUCUGAGUUACUUAAUUAUGUGAUAUUUUACCAUGUAGGCUUUAGUUAGGAACAAUGUAGAAAUAUCUUGAUCAGUAUUUGAAAGACUUAGCUGGUAUAAUUAAUAAUUAAGGGAAUUCUACUGCAGGAUAUUUUUACAAGGGCGUUUUUAUAAUGUAUAUAAUAGGACUAUUUUAUUCUUAAUGACAAUGUACUCAAUUUUUUUAUAAUUUAUAUUUAGUUUGUUUUAUUUUUUGAAAGAAUUUUGUUUGCUUUCUGGGAAUUUUAUAAAAAUUGCUAUCUUUUUUUAUAAAAUGUCCUGUUUUGGUAGAUACCAGUUAAAAGUGCUCAACUUGUUAUUUAGGUUAAUACGUAAUAUGUUUUACCAGUUUAAAACCGAAAUUGACCAAUAGCAAGGUUUGUAAAUAUAUUUUUGCAUAUUGUGGUAUAAUUACUACUAAAUAUAUUACUUAAAUGGCUUUGAAAAUUACAAACAAAUAAGACUAGUACUUAAAUAUUUUCAAAUUGUUUUAUCUUCAUGGUAAUAAUAAUUUGUAUGCUAAAUGUUUGUAUAUUAAAAAUAAAAUAAU